UCUCUUGCCAGCCCUAAAAUGCAACAAUAAAUCCACGCGAUAAAUAGCUUACCAUAAAAAGGUAAAUAUUGAUAGUUAAAAACAAACUAAAGCCGCGAUGGACAGCAGCAAUGACUUGUCGGACGAGCUUAUACGCCGCUUAAGUGUUGGCGGAGCCCUGGAGGAAGUGAUUGCAAGCGAAAUGUUUGAGGACAGUAUCGAUGUUGAAACGGAGGCGGAGCCGGACGACAUUAUCAUCGUGCACAUGGACAUCCGAGAGCCGCUCAGCAUGCUCAAAUCACUUGUUGAACAAAAGAUAGGCGUAUGCCUGAAUUACUACACCUUUUGGCUGCAGGACGCACAGGAGCUGGAGUCCCACAAAAACCUGGUGGAUCAGUGCGUCAAGGGAGAGGGUUUGGUGCAGAUCAACGUGCAAAUUCAAACUAUACGAAAACGCAUAAACAUCGCCGAUGUCCUUAAGCCCACGGAAGCAGCUCUGGCUGCUUUGGCCGAGGAGGUGGUGGCCCAGCUCUCACCACCCGAAACCGCCAGCCAAAAGAGCUCCUCCAGCGAAAGUCCCACCAAAACACCAAUAAAACGGAAGCACAGAGAAGACUCCGAAGAGGAGCCCCAAGAAACCGCCAAGGAUGUUAAACCAGUUCUCAACUGGGUUCUGGACAGCAAAUUCAAGCGGGAGCAGGCGCGUCUGAAGAUUCCCGAAGCGGCCAUCGAGUGGACGCAGAACCACGUGACGCAUUGGCUGGAGUGGGCCAUCAAGCAGUUCGAGCUACGUGGCAUCAACAUGAACGACUGGCAGAUCAACGGCCAGGAACUGUGUGCCAUGACGCACGAGGAGUUCAGCCGAAAGUUGCCACGUGAUCCGGGCAACGUUUUCUGGACGCACCUACAACUUCUGAAGGAAUGCAACUUUGUGUCCGUGGUGCACAAGCAGGCAGAGGAGCUGAGGAAACCCAAGCAACCCAGGAUUAUGGCUGCGAGUGCCAUAUCGGCCACUCCGGGCUCUGUUUCUCUAGAGCAGAGGAUUAUGCGGAAAUCCUACCAAGCAGUCAAGGGUUCGGAUUCCGUUGAAAGUUCUCCGACGUCCCAGAGUCCCACGAAUUACACCACCAUUGGUUCCGGCAAUAAUGGGCAGGUGCAGCUGUGGCAGUUCUUACUUGAAAUACUCACCGACUGCGAGCACACGGACAUCAUUGAGUGGGUGGGCACCGAGGGAGAGUUCAAGCUCACUGACCCCGACCGAGUGGCCCGUCUUUGGGGCGAGAAGAAAAACAAGCCCGCCAUGAACUACGAGAAGCUGUCGCGAGCUCUCCGCUACUAUUACGAUGGGGAUAUGAUCUCCAAGGUGUCAAACAAGCGAUUCGCCUACAAAUUCGACUGCGACUUAAAGCUGCUGAUCGGCUAUGAUGCCAAAGAGUUGUCCCGGCUGGUGAACGAGCGACAAGUUGUGCCCGAAUGUGUGGUUCCCUCGGAACCAAUUAAAGAAGACACAUGACAUGGCGAGCUGAAGCUCAAGCAGGAACCCGACAUACUCUGGAAGUACGAGGAGCCUUAGCGUUGGCUGACUUUGUCCGAUGACAGCGCCUGGUUAAUAAUACAAAUUGUUACACACUUUACACAUUUUACACUCUUAAGGCACACGAUUUUAUUAUCCAUUUCGUAUUUACUAAGCUUUAUAAUCUCUGUCUACGUAAGCUAUAACUAUAAGUAUCGCUUUCCUACCGCUAAGCAACUUAAAUAUUAUCUGAAUAGUAUCUCUAUAGUGUGUAUAUUGAAUAUUGUUCGUUACAUGAUUGUUGCGAUUUUUGUAAAAUCCAUAAAACUAAAUUCAUUUCCACGCGA